UUUUGGUGAAUACAACAUACUGCCUUACAUGGGCAAACUUCUCGAAGGACUCUCCUGCGGUUGGAAUUUCCAACUCUGACGUCACUCCCUGCCACUUCCAGAUUUGGGAAAAAUAAUUUUCACUUUGGUGGGAUUUGAAACUCUCUUGAUUCCUAGAAAGCCCCGAGACGUGAAGGAAGGUGUCAUUCAGGAGAACGAGGCAGCGACAAGGAAAAUAUCAAAGAACUGUCAGCUGUGAGGCCCGUACGUCAAGAGAAGAAGAGGUGUCUGACCCCGUGAUUGGCCCCUCUGUGAUCCUGUAGUGACUGUGACUGUCUGGCCUCUCUCCUCUCUCUCUGCAUUGAAGAAUCUGAACCAUGUGGACCGGUGAAGGCGAGGUUCAGGUGACGGGGCGGAUGGAGACCACCCCUGCCAUGGGCGUGCCUAGUAUCUCUGUUUCCCAGCAACAGGCCCCUAAGAAGUUUGCCCCUGUGGUUGCCCCCAAACCUAAGUUCAACCCGUACAAGGACCCCACUGACCUUGCAGGAGGUGACUAUCCCCCUCCUCCUCCUGCUGAAGACAGAGGCCUCUCGUCCUCUAUCUCGUUCCCACCGCCUCCUCCCAUGGACAGAGAAUAUCAGAUGCAUGGACCAGAGAAGACCCUGGAGGAGAGGCGGUCCAGUCUGGAUGCUGAGAUUGACUCUCUAACCUCUAUCCUGGCUGACCUGGAGAGUAACUCACCUUACAAGCCCCACAAUGCACCGAACUCCGGAACUCUUCCAUCUUACAACUCCGGAACUCUGACCAAUCCCAACGCUCCGGUGACAGGGUACAAGCGUAUGGUCAUCCCCACCCAGCCUCCUCUGACGGCCACCAAGAAGUCCUCCCCUAAAGCCGGGGCCCCAGGCGGAACACUGCCCCGGCCACAAGCGGAGAACUCCUCCUCAGCCUCCGUACUGGCCAGGCCCCAGUUCCAGACGGCCCCCCAGCCGGUACCAGCCUCCUACGCCACAGCCUCCACCCCCAGCCAGCCCACCUUCAACGUACAGGUGAGGUCUGCCCAGCCUGGGCCCCAGCACCAGUCCCCUGGACCCCCCCAGCAGUUUGCCCAGCAGCCCAACAGGAGCCCGGUCCAGUACAUGGCUGCCCAGCCCAGGGGCCCUGAUUUCGCCUAUGGGCCUCCCCAGCCAGGCUUCGCCCCUCAAGGUUACCCAGAGCAGGCCUACCCGGGAGCAGGAGGCUAUGGGGGGGGAACAGGAAACACCUGGAGUCCCCAGGCUAGCUACGCUGCUGCUCCUAGCCAGCAGGACUACCCACAACCUGUCCCUAAGAAGACCUACAUCACGGACCCUCCUGCCAGCCUGGCUCCUCCUGCACACCUCGCCCCACAGAAGGCUCCCAGCAGUGCCAGGCCUGAGGAAGAACUGGAGAGGCUCACCAAGAAGAUGCUUUAUGACAUGGACAACCCUCCGGCUGAGGAGUACUUUGGGCGGUGUGCCAGCUGUGGGGAUAAUGUGGUGGGUGAGGGUACCGGCUGUACCGCCAUGGACCAGGUCUUCCACGUGGACUGCUUCAUCUGCAUGACCUGCAGUGGCAGGCUGCGCGGUAAACCCUUCUACGCCGUGGAGAAGAAGGCCUACUGCGAGCCCUGCUACAUCGUGAGUCUCAGCCCAUCUGUACACAACACACACACAAACACAAACCCUUCUACGCCGUGGAGAAGAAGGCCUACUGCGAGCCCUGCUACAUCGUGAGUCUCAG